GAAAAGUGUAGCGUGCAAUAACAUCCUAUUGGAAAAUGCGCGUAGUCGAACCCUGCCAAUGUUGACACCAGGCACAGAGACACAGAGUCAUUCAACAAGAUGACCGAACCAGAAAAUGCCGAUCUUCACAUGGUGGACGACUACGAUGAAGACGCAGACAGCGAUUUUCAACAAGGCGAUCAUCUCGACGAUGACAACUCGACCUCUUCCUCGGACAACGAAGACAAACCCGGCGACCACUCCACCGCAAAGUCGCGUAAGAAGACCAUACCCCAAGUCAAAUCAUCAGCUCCGAUCGAGGAAUUAGACUCAGGAGAUGAAGCCACCAUCAGAGAACAAAAGAAGGGUCGUCGCAAGCAAAAAACCCAGGAUGGCGAGACAGCCAAAGACAGUGGAGAUGAUUCCGAGGAAUGGCGGGCCAAAACUCGUGCCAUGCGUCAAGCAGAAAAGGACGACCGCAGGCGCAACAAAUUGGCGACGAGCAAGGGCAGCACAAUUGAUGUCAACAAGAUCUGGGAAGAAAUGAACCGUCCCAACCCACCAUCAUACCUUGAACGAGACAACCCUUCUGAAAAUCUCGCACCACAACGUCUUGACGCAGGCGUAAAGGACGCUGACAAGGAGAAUAUUCUCAAACCCCAAGACGAGGACAUGAUCACCAUCAAACGCACCUACAAGUUUGCCGGCGAGGUUCAUACUGAGGAAAAGGUGGUUCCCAAGUCCAGCGCUGAGGCUCAACUAUGGCUAGCCCAACAAUCUAAAGCCCCGGCCGAAUCACUCACCCACGACGGGGGACUCGUCCAACGCCCGCUUCGCAAAAUAUCUCGGUUCGAUCCUAAUUUCAGUAACCUCGCCGCUUUCAAGUCAUCGUGGACAAAACAAGGGCCAUCCGACUCCACUUUCAAAGGUCCCAAACUCAACGUGGUGGAAAAGAGCAAAAUGGACUGGGCCCAACAUGUGGACACCGAAGGUCUCAAGGAAGAGCUGGCCACGCAUGCAAAAGCCAAAGAAGGUUAUCUCAGUAGAAUGGACUUCCUCAGUCAAGUCGAGAUGCGUAAAGAGGAUGAAGCCAAGAUUGCGCGCAUGAAAGGACGGUGAGCCGUCAUGUCUCAAUCCAGCACAUCCAACACAUCUUGGACAUGACGGGAGUCAGUGAUAGUCUACCUGAUCGAAAGCCUUUGAUGCCUCCACCUCCACAAGCGUUUAUGGGCAGCUGACUUGACCGUCACGCACCUUCCCUCACUUGUGUGACACUGUCUGCAAUCGACAUGAACUCGCGGAAGGUGCGAACGACCCAGGAUUCCCAGACUGCUGCCACGCUUUGCUUCUCUUCAACAUGGCUUCAACUCCCAGACCGACACCAAGAAGCUUCUCUCAUGGAGGCGGCCUCCUUAUGACGACAGCUGAUCCAUGGUAACGCAUCUUGGACAUGUUCAAGCAUGCAACUACCUAGAUCUCGCCCACCUGGCCCUUCGCCUCUUUCCUUGCGUCCUCUUUCCCCAUUGCCCUCAGCGAGCGAGCUUCAGGAUGCUCAUGGUCAAGUGGCAUCGUCCGAAGGAAAUCUACCAGCAUCCUCUGUUGCCCUCUCCAGACGAGCCACCAGUACGCACAUUCCAAAUUUUCAUCGGCCAAUUCCUGUUCCUCUGAAAAGAGCAACAACCAGCUAUCACACCUUCUCUCGCCGUUCCUCCGCCCUAUCUACCAGAGAAUCGUCAAUGUCCAGGGCUAGUUCCCUGGCUCCUUCUCCACUCGAUGACAUACCCGAAGCUCUUUGGGACCGAACACUCUUGCGAACUACCAGUGCAAUCGAGACACGCCAUGUUGAUCUGUCAAUUGAAGAAAUCAUAGACACACGCAUGUCCUUGGAUGACCAAGCUAUGCUUGGCCUGCUCCAGCGCUCCAAUAACAGAGCUCGACAUCAUGGCCAGGCUUCGGCCAUGCAGCGUGCAUUUUGUGGCAUAUGGGGUGGUACAUCAGAUCGCCUCAGGAGCAUGAAAAAGAAGGUCAGAAGUUUUCCCCGGGGUAUUUUUGUACGAACCCAAUCUGCUCCCGCCGCUCUUCCACUUGAGUGCAAUUCGUAUGCUACGUGCUCAGAGGAUGGACGAGGUUCUCUCCCAGCAGCAACAAAUGCCAGAGCCCGCCGAUUGGCUUUGUCACCGGACAAAGAAAAUGCACAGCACACACUAGCAAAUACUGAGAAUGCCUCGUCUCCGGUCUUCAUCAAACGUAGACACCCACGUGGCGGUCUGCCUGUCGACCCGAGGUAUUCCCCAUGCGGACAGAAGUUGUCGCAGCGAUCUGGAAACACAACGAUACCGGCAGUCGUAAGUGGGCCUUCGUGAUGUCCGACACCAAGCUGACGGUGUCCACAGCCCUAGGUCGAUAUGUUGAGUACAGGAAGGGCAAGACUGUCUGAAUACGUGUGGGAGAUCAGAUCCUACAAUCGUCGUGUCUUGUGCUCCAUCUGAUUUUCUCGCGGAUUGGUGGCCAAAGUUCAUCAGAGAGACUUUGACUUCCGCAAAGACCCUACCGUGACGCCACGAAUGUGGAAGCCCAGAAAGUUCAAAAUCAGGGCGAAUUUGAGCAUGCAUCAGACUAUCACUCUCCAUCCCAGUGGACUGAGCCUAUUGGAUCGGAAAUCUAGACAUCAGCGAAGUAGUUCCUAGCAACGUGAUCAUCUUCUGUGUUGGGAUCAUUGCGCUACACGGAACCUUUUUGAUAUGCAUAGUCGGAAGAAUGGCAGCACCCCGGCAGUUUCUCACUUGUUGAACCGCCUCACUACGGCCCGAGGCGGCCCCUUACACCCUAUGAAAUUGCCCACCCCUGAUCGGUACAUGGACAUCUACUUUGCCCAGACAUUGGAGUUUUGCCAUGAAUUGAUUAUAUCUCAUUGUCCAUCCCUGGCCGAACACAUUGAAGCCAUGCCAUUUUUUGAGAGAAAACAAAGUCAGCUAUCGACUCUCUCGCUUUUCUGGUGAUAAUGACACAAACAACUUUUGACAUGCGACUUUGGCCUCGCAACGUUCGCCUGGAAAUUUGCCCACAGACAUUUGCCGCCAAACGCCGUAUUGCCCCGAAAAUAUGCCCCCGGAGUCCUCUGUCACAAGGCACCUGGAGCCUGACCUGUCUUCUCGCGCAGUUCCACAAGUUGGACUGGAUCAAACCCGCUCGCUAGGCCUUGUAUGGCUACACUGCAGGCUACAGGCCCGGUACAUCAGAACAAAGUAUAUUUACAAGAUGGGAUAUCCUUGCUUAUCCAACAACCCAGACCAUUCUGGGUCAUAGUAGUCACUGCCUUUGUCCAAAGUAGCGACAUAUCUGUUACCCCGGACUCCGGGUUUUUUCGAGUGAGUAUUUCUCAGAUGACUUUUGAGAUUGUCGCUUCUCGAGAAAGCUCGACUGCAGUCGGGCACCCAACAUCUGUAAGGUUUGUCGGAUUGAUGUACAGUCUUUUCAUGCCUCUUCAUGUGCUCUCGUCGCUUGAAACGUUUCUGGCUCAUGGUGUUCUUGUCGAUGCAGCCCAGAUAGCUACACGCGAACUCGUUCUGCGGAAUAACCUCAUCACAGUCAAUGCCAGACUUUGUUGGUGCUGGCUUGGGCUUGGCUGACGCUCCAAUCAGCUUCUUCCGCUCAUAGCUUCUUCGAAACAAUCUGUCCGUGGUGGGUCGACAUUUCCGAGACACGUUGGAUCUCAUGGCUUGUUCCACUGCCUCGUACCUGAUCUCUUCGACGUCGUGCUGCGAUGGCACCACGAGAGGCGACAGGAUGGGCAGAGGACUGCUGUUCAGGUAGGUUGAGGCUGAGAGGUGGCAAUGGAGUGGAGUCGAUGGCUCCAUCUUGAACCCAGGUGAGCUGGAGACCACGGUCUGAAAUGUCGCACUGGGCUCAAUUGUCUGUGACGGCGGUUGCACCUGACAAGUGCUCCAUGGCAGCAAUCCUGUAUCCAUUCCCUGCAAAGGAAUGAACUCUGUGGUUCCGUCGAAGAUGGACUUGGUCAAAGCAGGGUUCGCGCCCAUUGUGGUCAUGCCGUGGUAUUCACCUCCCAGCAUGUUGUACCCAUCAUCUUCUCCAGGUGUAUCCGACAUGUGGACCCCAAAAGUCAUAUCGAGAUGCGAGUUGUGGCCAGGGAUCUCGACCUUACCCAUCCACGAGUCGACGUUGACGUCUUCAUGAUCGCCACAAAGCUGAAGCACAGGGUGAUAAUUGGAGAAACACGUGGCCUUUGGGAGGUUUGUAUUGGAUGCAAUCGCCUUGGAAGGCACCAUCAUCGGAGUUGUCGGGCUUGUCGUUGCCGCUGACGGCGUGAAGAACAGCUCAGGUGGCGCCGAAGUGCUGCUGAAAGACUCUAUAGAGGAUCGUCGCUGUGCGAGGCCGGCAAUCAGAGAACUAUCAUUGGAGAAGAAGCUUGGAGACAAUUCCGGGCACUCUGCAGUCAAGGUGAGUGGCGAGCUUUGGUCGAACGAGGUGGUUUGGUGAGGUGGCAUGUCGAAGGAGCUUGCCUCUGCCCCGUACUCUGCUUGAGGAGACUGCAUUGUGUGAUGAUACAUUUGCCUUGCCCGUGUAGCGUUUGACAAGUCGAGAACAGGAUCUCCACCAUUCAAUAACCGUGUUCAACGACGAGGAGAAGGAGGGGGGCUUGAUGGGUUCUGGUCACAAGGGGUGGUUUAAAAAGACGACGAAAUAUAGAGUACAGGCUCGAGGGCUUGAAGCAAUGGACUGCCCACCAACAGGCUUUGCUGCUAUAUGAGGGCUGGGCCACGGAACGCAACGCGCUGUCUUGGAGCUUGGAUGCAAGGUGUGCGGGAAUGUGAAGUCCAGAGAGUGGUUUGGUCAGAGGCUCUCCCCUUGGAUCGUGUCAAGAGGCAAAGCACCCAGCAAAGUCCUCACACGCACACACACUCUCACACACGGACCCUUUCUUGUUUAGGGCCCGUUUCUUGAAUUCCUUUCGCACCACAAGAGUCGCUAGGCACGAGAGCCCGACAAAUUCGAUCGACCCAGACGUGCCCCGUUUUGCAGCAAGGGAGGUUGUGUUGGAUCAAUUGCCGGAGUUUGGAGCACUGGUCAAAGCGGAGCAUCAAGAUCUCAAGUCGCCCGAUUUGGUGGCUUUGGAUCUUCCCCGAGUUGGCCGAUUCAGAACAAGAUAUUCAAGCAAAAUGACAAAGAGCAAGCUGAGGAAAUCGAGAAGCACGCUGCCUGCUGAAGGGACAGACACUUUUGAGCCGCGCUGAUUUGGAUUUUGGAUUCUAAACCUUGGUCAUACCGGGCCGAUCCCCAACAUCUAAGUUUUUUGUAUACUUGUUCAUUUCAGGCCAAUGUCCAGCAGCCUUGCAGCAUGCAUUUGGAUGCGUAUGAUAAUGCAGGACGGUACUUGGGAGCCAAACACUGUCUCGCUGGGUUGCAUAUUCAAUAAAGUGCAUGCAUACCAGUCGAGAUGAUUGCAGCCAUGCAGAUGCAACCACAGCCACAUCGAGAAAUUGACGGGCGAUGGAACAGCUUUUGCCCUAGUCGACGAAUGCGCAACAUGACAAGGAGUCCACUGGACACGAGGAAGCAACGGACCUGUAUGGUACGAGUAAAGGUCGCCACUGGAGAGUUCGCAAGUUCGUGUGAGGCGUGUGGUGUGAGGGCCCUCAAAGCACAGUUCUGUCGGAUGGGAAUACGCGGUGGUCCUGUCCUUGGACGAUGCAAGCAAGAUGGCUCCGCCCAUCCCCGGGAUAUGCUAGUAUGGAAUCGGUGGUCCCAUAUCAGAGGCUCUUGUCCAAUCUGAGUCGAAACGAACACCUGGGGCUUGUCAAGUUGAGCCGGAACGGGCAUGAUGCGGUCGAAAUGGGAGGCGGGCGCUGCCAAGAUAAGAUGUUCAUGGAUGUUGGAUUGGAACAAAACGCCACAAUGCAAGUGAGCACUGACCACACCGCCAGUCAUCGUAAGUUGAGACUCCGUACGGACUGAACUCUAUUGGCCUCGACAUGCAGGAAUGUCGGUCCCGUCCAUCCAAUAUGAGAAGACAGUGUGAUUGGUUAUUGAACAGUAUGAACAUCUUGGUCCGCGUGGAGAUGGUACACAGAUUUGUAUGGACUCAUUGUGGGGAUAUCCCUGGAGGCAAGGCCAUGAGACCCAGUCCCAACACAACAAUCCUGAAGGCUGGAAGAUGCUCGAUGGCUCGAUGGCUCGUUACUAGACGGUCCGAAUCUUUGCAGCCGCACGGCUGCGCCCAAAGCAGUCUCCAGGCGUUGAAAAUGCAAUCCACCUGCGAGCCAUCUGCGAACCAAGAACUAUUGCCACGAUACUAAAGCUUGACAUGACUGUCGAUGCCAAGCCAGGCUGUCACGGCGGCUGUUCAGGUUCAGGUUCAGGUUCAGGUUCAGCCCUCCCUGUCGAUAUACUUUAGGCAAUUCCCGAAAAGGUUGUCCUCCACAGGUGGCGCUACCGUUGUAUUUUGGACAACAUACCUUGCGCCGUCCACUCUUUCGUAACCGCUCGACAAGUUUGAUAGAGAGGCUCUUAAUUUUUAGAGAAUGCCGGUACCAACUUUUAUUGUCGACUUUGACCAGGAAUGAGAUGACAAC